AUGGGCUUCAUGGAAGAUAUGACAAGGAGGUUACCGACUUCGAAAGAUAACCUAGACAAGCUGGAUGACUUACCGCGCCGCCACGAAAAGACCUCGUCACGAUCGUCCUUCUUUCGACGUAGGAUACGACUGAAGGGGAGCUCAUCCGUUUCGAUACCUCUGGGCCUGGUGCUUCUGUUUCCAUGUCUCGUUAUAAUAAUAAUCAUAAUUCUUUUUGUGAAGUCGCCGGACUCGCAGGGCAUCAUGAACAUGCCCGCCGGCGGUCCUCCAUCGAUAAGACGGAUAAGCGAAAAGUACGAUAAGCCAUUCGCGGUGGGCUGCCUCGAGCCACAGGUCAACGGACCCCGGGCAAACGCCGCAAUCGUAGUGCUGGCGAGGAACAAGGAGCUAGAAGGAGUGAUACAGUCAGUCAAAUCACUCGAGAGACAUUUCAAUCGGUGGUUCCACUACCCAUACGUCUUUCUCAAUGACGGAGAUUUCAACGAGACGUUCAGAGAGACUGUCUUAAGUCAUGUUAGCGGUUCAGUGGAGUUCGGCAAGAUACCUCCAGAACAAUGGGGCUUCCCCGACUGGGUAGAUCCAGAUGUUGUUAAAGAGGGAAUCGCCAAGCAGGGUGAUAGAGCAAUCAUGUACGGUGGUAUGGAGAGCUACCAUCACAUGUGCCGGUUCUACUCAGGCCAAUUCUACAAGCAUGAGCUACUCGCCAAGUAUGAGUGGUACUGGCGUCUCGAGCCCGAAAUCAAAUUCUUCUGCGAUAUCACAUACGACCCAUUUAUCCACAUGAUUCGAAAUAAGAAGACAUACGGGUUCACCAUUGCGGUGAAGGAACUGCGGGAGACCGUACCCAACAUCUGGAGAUAUGCGUCAGCGUACAAGCGGAAUAACAACCUGACCUCAAAAGGCAUGUGGGAAAUGUUUGUGGAGAAGCCGGACGAGGAGGACGAGAAACGCAAGGCUGAGUCCAAAUCGAAGAAGGCUUUCUUCCCACAGGACAUCAUGGACGCCGAGUUCGGCACAGAGGCCAUGCCAGAAAUCCAUCCCGAGAACAUGGAGGGUGAAUCAUACAACAUGUGCCAUUUCUGGAGCAACUUUGAGAUUGCCAAUCUCAACUGGUUCCGGAGCAAGGAAUACAACGACUUCUUCGAGCUGAUGGACCGCAGCGGCGGCUUCUGGAUGGAGAGGUGGGGAGAUGCGCCUAUCCACUCCCUGGCUGUUGGAGCACUACUUGGCCCUGAGGAUAUUCACUACUUCCGUGAUGUCGGAUAUCGACAUACUACGAUUCAACAUUGCCCUGCCAAUGCGCCUGCACGACAACUCGCCCGAGAGCCAUAUCUAGAGAAGACGACACUCGACGAGAAGGAACGACUGGAAGAAGACAAGUACUGGGCACAAUACGACCCAGUCAAAGAAAACGGCGUCGGCUGUCGCUGCAAAUGCGACACAGACAUUGUUGACGUAGAAGGCAAAGAAGGGUCCUGCUUUGCGGAAUGGGUGGAAGUUGCUGGUGGAUGGGCGUCGCCUGGGCCUAACGGACCAUGA